GUGGCGCUGCAGCUUUUCCAGGACUCUAACAACUGAAGCACGAAGCUCCGCGAGGCGUGCUGAAAGUACGCGAGCCAAACCUUUUACAUUGAGAAUGGUGUACUAAACAAGCAUACUACACUUAAUAAUGCAACGAAGCCUAUUCAGGAAAAGACGGGAAAUAUAGAUUCAACUGUGUGAGAUAAUUAGUUAUGGCUACUACUGAAAUGGAACCUGGGUCAGAACAAGGAACGGCUGACCCGGAUUCAAAGUACCCCCUGAAAGUUCUUUACUGUGGAGUUUGUUCCUUACCGACAGAGUACUGCGAGUACAUGCCCGAGCCGGCCAAGUGCAGGCAGUGGCUAGAGAAGAAUUUUCCCGACGUUUUUGCCAGGAUGACUGUUGGUCCUGCAGCAAAAGCCCCCAAGCAGGAGUCCGGCACUGGAGAGGCUCCCCCUGCUGGUGAAGAGGAGGAGAAGAAGAAACAAAAGAGAGGUGGGAGGGGCCAGAUCAAACAGAAAAAGAAGACGGUGCCUCAGAAAGUCACAAUAGCAAAAAUCCCCAGAGCCAAGAAGAAAUACGUGACGCGGGUUUGCGGCCUGGCGACGUUCGACAUCGAACUUAAGGAGGCUCAGCGAUUCUUCGCGCAGAAAUUCUCCUGUGGUGCCUCAGUCACAGCGGAGGAUGAAAUCAUCAUUCAGGGAGAUUUUACAGACGACAUCAUCGACGUCAUCCAGGAGAAGUGGCCUGAGGUGGACGACGACAGCAUCGAUGAUCUGGGUGAAGUCAAGAAGUGAAGACCAAAUAUGCACUUUUUCUGGAGCGGACGUGACCGUCAACAGCAGCAACCCGGCCAAAUGUACACAUUCAUUCAUUUUAUACCUAUUUUAUUUACUGUACAUACGAAGCUGCGGACUCGGGCGCCACUUGGCAUUUUUUUUUAGUCACUAGCUGCUUUCUCUUGUUUGCCAAAGGUGUGGUUUGACCAGAGUCCUUCACCGAUGUUCUUCACUCAAGCAAAACUGUAGGCUAAUAAAUUUGCGUCUUUCGCCUCA